AUGGCGCAAAUAACAGACGCCAGCAUGCGCGAGAUUAUCACCCAGCGCCUCGGCGCCGUGCACGUCGAGGUGGCCGACAUGUCUGGCGGCUGCGGUCAGGCCUUUACCUCGCUCAUCGUCUCCCCCCAGUUUCAGGGCCUCGGCUCGCUCAAGCGCCACCGCCUCGUCAACGCCGCCCUCAAGGACGAGAUUGCCACCAUCCACGCCUGGACGGCCAAGUGCCAGACACCCGACGAGUGGGCGCGCGCGCAGGGCGCCGCCGCGCCCCCAACGCUUGGUACUGUUGGCGGGCAAGUCGAGGGUACGUCUCAGUGA